AUGCUAGAAUUGCGUGAGGUGGGACGUUGCAUCGCCUCACGCUUGGCCAACGAAGGUCUGAUCGUGGCCGUGAACGACCUCCCCAACAAGCUCGCUCAAUUGGAAGCAGUCGCCUUGGAGAUACGAUCGUCUACAGGCAGUCAAGCCAUAGCUGUGACCGGAGACGUGUCCAGCGAAGAGAAUGUUCAAGCGAUGGUCGCCGCUGUUGUGGAGCAGCUCGGAGGAUUGGAUGUGAUGAUCGCGAACGCUGGGAUCACAGGGUUUCGCUCCCUGUUGGAUCGUGAAAGAGUGGGAUCGAUCAACGCCCGGGGAGUCAUGCUGUGCUACAAGCACGCGGCGAAGCAGAUGGUCGAACAAGGUCGUGGGGGCAGAAUCAUCGGCAUACCGAGCCUGUCAGCCUACGCCGCCUCCAAGUCUGCCGUGCGAGGCCUAACGCAAUGCGCAGCGUUGGAACUGGCCGCGCACAAGAUUACUCGAUUGAAUAUGCCUACGAACAUGCCGAUGGCAGACCAUGAAGUCAUUGCCAGCGUUGUCUCGUACCUUGCCAAGCCGGAGUCGUACUUCAUCACCGGCCAAACUAUCUCGGUUAACGGCGGGACACAUUGCGACUAA